AUGAAGAGAUGUUUUUCGGGUAUUUUGGAUAAGUGCAACGAACUUGGAUAUGCUCCAGAUCCAACCACGGUUAUCACAGACUUUGAACAAGCUGUAUUCAGUGCAUUGAGGGCUACAUUUGGACAACAUGUGAACUCCCGAGGAUGCUUCUACCAUCUUACACAGAACACAUGGCGCAAGGUACAGGAACUGGGACUUACAGAUUUGUACAAGACUGAUGAGAGAGUUAGGCUGUUUUGUGGCAUGUUAGAUGGACUUGCAUUGUUACCAGUUCUAGAAGUGUCCAGUGGUAUGGAUUAUAUGAAAGCCAACACUCCAGCAGGACUAGAAGAGUUAGUGGACUACUUCGACAACACAUACGUUUCGGGAACGUAUCGACGUGUCCAGCCUCCACCAGCACAGCCAGGAGGUGUUCUCCCACCAGUACGUAUGCGAAGAACGCCACCGAUGUUACCACCACAUCUUUGGAAUGUUCAUGAAGCAACCAUUCAGAAUGAGGAUCGUACCAACAACCUAUGUGAGAGCUGGAAUUACGGGUUCCAGCAGCUGAUCGGACACAACCACCAAUCUGUGUGGACGGCCAUAUAUUGUCUCAGGAAGGACCAGGCGCUGGUGGCAGCAGCAUUGCUAGCAGACUCCCGUGGUGCUCCCCCUACCAAACGUGUGAAACGUGCAACGAGAGAUCUACAAGUGAGACUUCGAAAUUUGUGUUCGGACAUUGCUUCCGGUAGGAGAAACGUUGAGGUAUUUCCUUCUUGGUGUUGGACACUGUAUACGGUUUAAAGUGCGCACUUAAACAUUAUUGUGUUAUACUCACAGACUAGUGUGUUAUGCAUGAAUCGUGGUACCGUGGUACCAAAGACGUUUCAGAUAUUAAGUGAAUGAACCUUAAUGUGUUCUAGCCACAUUGCUUGCAGACUAUGCCCAGCUAUGUUAUGCUAUUCGUGAAGCGCGUGAAAUGUUUAGUACAUGAAAUAUUUCUCAUUAUGCAGUUUGAUAGCAUGUGUUGUUAUAUGGCUGCGUGUGAUAUUAUUGAAUAAUAACAAAUUAAAAACUAUGAAA